GGUUGUCGGGAUGUGGGCGGGAGCCAACAUGGAGCCCUCAGUGGGAUGAGGGUGAAACUGCCAUUGCCGGCUACUCCUGUUUUCCCGCCCCAGCAUGCUGGUGCAUUUAUUUCGGGUCGGGAUACGGGGUGGCCCAGUCCCAGGCAGGCCGCUACUGCCCCUCCGCUUCCAGACAUUCUCAGCUGUCAGGUACUCUGAUGGCUCCCGCAGCUUCUCCCUCCCCCGGGCCGUGGCCCACCUGCGGUCCCAGCUCUGGGCCCACCUCCUUCGAGCCCCGCUAGCUCCCAGACGGAGGCCCUCUGCCUGGUGCUGGGUUGGGGGAGCCCUGCUAGGCCCUUUGUUGCUGAGUAAGCGUCCCCGCCUCUGCCUUGUGGCCCUGUGUGAGACAGAAGAGGCCCUUCCUGCCAGCUCCACACCCCGAGUCGUGGGGUCACGCUUUAACUGGAAGCUCUUCUGGCAGUUUCUGCGCCCCCACCUGCUGGUCCUGGGGGUAGCCAUCGUGCUGGCCUUGGGUGCGGCACUGGUGAAUGUACAGAUCCCCCUGCUUUUGGGCCAGCUGGUAGAGAUUGUGGCCAAGUACACGAGGGACCACGUGGGGAGUUUCAUGACUGAGUCCCGGAAUCUCAGCACCCACCUGCUUAUCCUCUACGGUGUCCAGGGACUGCUGACCUUCGGGUACCUGGUGCUGCUGUCCCACAUCGGCGAGCGCAUGGCGGUGGACAUGCGGAGGGCCCUCUUCAGCUCCCUGCUCCGACAAGACAUCGCCUUCUUUGACGCCAAUAAGACAGGGCAGCUGGUGAGCCGCUUGACAACUGAUGUGCAGGAGUUUAAGUCAUCCUUCAAGCUUGUCAUCUCCCAGGGGCUUAGAAGCUGCACCCAGGUGGCAGGCUGCCUGGUGUCCCUGUCCAUGCUGUCUCCACGCCUCACGCUACUGCUGAUGGUGGCCACACCAGCCCUGAUGGGAGUGGGCACCCUGAUGGGCUCAGGCCUCCGAAAACUGUCUCGCCAGUGUCAAGAGCAGAUUGCCAGGGCAAUGGGCGUAGCGGACGAGGCCCUGGGCAAUGUUCGGACUGUGCGCGCCUUCGCCAUGGAGCCACGGGAAGAGGAGCGCUACGGGGCAGAACUGGAAGCCUGCCGCUCCCGAGCAGAGGAACUGGGCCGGGGCAUCGCCUUGUUCCAGGGGCUUUCCAACAUCGCCUUCAACUGCAUGGUCUUGGGCACCCUGUUUAUUGGGGGCUCCCUUGUGGCCGGACAACAGCUGACAGGGGGAGACCUCAUGUCCUUCCUGGUGGCCUCCCAGACAGUGCAAAGGUCCAUGGCCAACCUCUCCAUCCUGUUUGGUCAGGUGGUCCGGGGGCUGAGCGCAGGCUCCCGGGUCUUUGAGUACAUGGCCCUGAGCCCCUGCAUCCCGCUGUCGGGGGGCUGCUGCAUCCCCAAAGAGCACCUGCGUGGCACCGUCACAUUUCACAAUGUCUGCUUCAGCUACCCCUGCCGCCCCGGCUUCGAGGUGCUAAAAGACUUCACUCUGACGCUGCCCCCUGGCAAGAUCGUGGCCCUCGUGGGCCAGUCUGGGGGAGGAAAGACCACUGUGGCUUCCCUGCUGGAGCGCUUCUAUGACCCCACGGCAGGCGUGGUGAUGCUGGAUGGGCGGGACCUGCGCACCCUUGACCCCUCCUGGCUCCGGGGCCAGGUCAUUGGCUUCAUCAGCCAGGAGCCGGUCCUGUUUGGGACAACCAUCAUGGAGAACAUCCGCUUUGGGAAGCCGGGAGCUUCUGAUGAAGAGGUGUACGCAGCUGCCCAGGAGGCCAAUGCCCACGAGUUCAUCACCAGCUUCCCCGAGGGCUACAACACGGUUGUCGGUGAGAGGGGCACUACCCUGUCUGGGGGCCAGAAGCAGCGCCUGGCCAUCGCCCGAGCCCUCAUCAAGCAGCCCACGGUGCUGAUACUGGACGAAGCCACCAGCGCGCUGGAUGCGGAGUCUGAGCGGGUUGUGCAGGAGGCCCUGGACCGGGCCAGUGCAGGCCGCACGGUGCUGGUCAUCGCUCACCGGCUCAGCACCGUCCGUGGGGCCCACCGCAUCGUCGUCAUGGCCGAUGGCUGCGUCUGGGAGGCUGGGACCCAUGAAGAACUCCUGAAGAAGGACGGGCUGUACGCUGAGCUCAUCCGGAGGCAGGCCCUGGAUGCCCCGAAGACAGCAGCCCCACCACCCAAGAAGCCAGAAGGCCCCGGAAGCUCCCAGCGCAAGUCCUGAGAAGAGCCCCCUGAGGUGUGGUCAUUGCCAAGCAUCGGUGCUAGGGCUGGGGCUCAGCCUGGGGGGAACUCACUGGGGACUGAGCUCCCAGGAGGGCCAGCAUGUAGAGAGUCGCUGUGGCCGCUCCUGCUCACAAUAAAGCCAGGGCAGGCCGAGCGGCUGGCAGGGGAGGCCCAACCCUCCCUUCCAUCCCAAGUGCUGCUGGCUGCCUCCCUCCCACCA